UUACAGCGAAAGAAGUUCGCACUGUCACCAAAGUUGAUUUCACUUUCAUUUUGAUGUCAUCAUGCUGACAUGUAAUGAUGUUGCAGCCAAUUCUUAACUCGUUAAACUCGAAAUGCAUCGUUCUUGCAAGUACAUCGCCAAGAAGAAAAUUGCUGUUAGAAAAUAUUGGACUUAAAUUCAAAGUUAUACCUUCCAAAUUUGAGGAGAAUCUUAGCAAGGAAAGUUUCUGUUCUCCACUGGAUUAUGUAGCCGAGACAGCCAAACAGAAAACAUUGGAUGUCGUGCACAGGCUUUAUUCAUCUGAGGUUCCUCCGCCAGAUCUUAUUAUAGGAGCAGACACAAUUGUGACGCUUGGCAAUGAGAUAUUUGAGAAACCCAAUUCACGUGAGCAUGCCGUGGAAGUGCUGACAAGGUUGAGUGGAUCUUCCCAUGAAGUUAUAACCUCUGUAGUCCUGGUAACACAAAGUCCUGCAGAGCCAAAAUACAGUAUAGUUCAGUUUCACUCACAGACUGAAGUGGUCAUGGGAGAUUUGUCGCAGAGGGUCAUUGAAGCCUAUGUCGACACAGGAGAGCCCAUGGACAAGGCUGGGGGCUAUGGGAUACAAGACUUAGGAAGCACGCUUAUACAACGGGUUAAUGGUGACUACUUCAACGUCAUAGGAUUCCCUUUACAUCUAUUUGCCAAAGAGGUUCUACGCUUAUUUCCAGAGUAGACAAGGCUCUAGGCUUGACAUGGGCAUUUUAAUAUGUAUUUGAAACAAUAAAUUUCUGACAGUG